UCGAGCACCGAGUGCUCGAUCCAAUAUACCACACUGUGCAUCUCGGUGCCAUGGCAACUUCGGCGCACAACAAAGCUCCUAGAAUGCCCGGCGAAGAACGCCCCUCUUCUCGAACAACAACCAUUUCAGUAUCAGGGAUACAUGGAGCUCAUCAAAGUACUAGAGACACAAACAGCAUCAUUGGUUUCCCCAGCAGAAAACAUUUCCGCGUGGGUGGUGGUAGCAAAGUCCUGGAGAAGAGCGCCCUUCAAACUCCCAGACAAGUUGUACGGGUGUUUGAUGAGGAAGACAAUGACGUCACUCCUCAGCCACUGUACCAGGCACAUCCAGCAGCACCACAUGCCAAAAGCUGCAGGUUGUUUCUGGAUGAGAUCUCAGCCGGAUCCGCAUCAGACCAGACAACAGCCACCGGGAGCUUCACCAUGCCUUUCUCCAGGUCAAUGUUUGGAAGCAGCAGAAUAUCCAGCCAGUCUACCAUAGAGUCCCUGAAUGAGGAGAUCGAGGAUACAUUUUCCAAAUGGGAAAUGCCCAUCAGCUUCCCAGAUGUGCAGGGGAAAAGAAACACCGUGAAAGAACAUGUUGCAAAAGACAUGUUGAAAGAGGUCACCGAUGUCUACAUCUCUGAAGCAGACAGCAUCUCACUUCUUGACAUACCGAGCACAUUAAUGUCAGUGGAGGCUGAUGACACAGAAGUUAUCAUGGAGAAAAACAAUCAGUAUGCUGAGCUGUGCAGAACCAGAAUGGGCAAUAAUAAGUAUGUGGAUCGCGCGGUACAGACAUUGAAUGGAGCUGCUAAAAACAAACAGGUGCAGAGUGACAGCAAUGUGAUGGUGGACUCAGCUACAACCGUUACCUCCUGGGACAUCUAUGACGCUCUGAUCCGCCCCGAGCAGCACGAGGAGGUGAGCAGCCGGGAACAAGAGGGGGCUGAAUAUCCUGGCGCUGCAGUGGACCCCAACAGUGGGGCAGAGAGGAGCGCGUCAGUGGGCAGCACAGCCAGCACAGCCAGCACAGCCAGUGCUGCUAGCUCCUUGAAUGACGGGGAAGCGCUUGGGAGCAGUUUAAAUACUGAGUCAGACCUGCAGCUGAACGUGCUGUCAGAGACGUUCCAACACUGCUUGCUAGUAAUGGAGCGGAGCAUCCUGAGAAACACUUUGCAACCCGAGCUGGCUGCUUACAGACAGCUGCCCGUAAUUGAAGAGAGUCAGGUGAAGCCUGGGACGGUAGAGAAGAGGCAGGAGGAUACAGAGAGCCCCCGAUCUCCAGCCGUGGAGCGUCUCUGGGCUUUCAGCUAUGAGCGCAGCAGAGGACGCAGCGUCAGCAGCAUGGCAUGGAACAAGAUAAACCCGGACUUUCUGGCUGUGGGCUAUGGCGAGUUGGGCUCUAGCGAGCAGAAAGCCGGCCUGGUGUGCUGCUGGUGUCUCACAAAUCCUACGUGGCCUGAGUGGGACGUCCAGUGUGACAGCGCUGUGACUUCCCUGGACUUCUCAUCAAUUAACCCCAGUCAGCUGGCUGUGGGCAUGCGAGAUGGCACCAUUGCUGUCUACAAAGUGAACAGUCAACACAACGUCUCAUGUGUCCUCAGCAGCAGUCAAUGUCCCAACAGGCACUUAAAUCCAGUGUGGCAGCUCAGAUGGACCCAGCAGGAGCUGAACUUGACCGGAGACGAGAUGGGAGAGUCUCUCUUUUCUGUGGCUGCAGACGGCAGGAUCAGCAGAUGGUUUAUCUGCAGCAGUGGCCUGGACUGCACAGACCUGAUGAAGCUCAAGAAGAUCCAGCAUACCAAGAAGAAGGCUGGGGGCACGAGGACGGAAAGUGUCCUGUCAGCUCUGACUCCUGGUCUGUGUUUGGACUUCCAUCCAACAGAUUCCAGUGUCUACUUGGUUGGAACGUGGGAAGGGCUCAUUCACAAGUGCUCCUGUUCCAACAAUGAGCAGUUUCUGGAGACUUACAGGAAGCACUUUUGUCCUGUGAACAGCAUCAAAUGGAGUCCGCUCAGUCCUGGUGUGUUUCUGAGCUGCUCCUCCGACUGGACCAUCCAGCUGUGGCAGCAGGACCACCAGAAUCCCGUGAUGGGCUUCAGCUCCACCCAGACAGCAGUGUGUGCCGUCGAUUGGUCCCCCAAGUGGCCCACAGUGUUCGGAGCCAUUCACGAGGGACAGCUGGAGAUCUGGGAUCUGAGUUCAAGCAUCUUAGACCCGGUCCUUGUGCAGCCUGCCGCUGCUGGCGUGCAGAUGAAGUCCCUGCUGUUUGCCACACAGACAGACUGUGUCCUGGUAGGAGACAGCGAUGGACAAGUGACCGUCUACCAGCUGAAGAACCUCCGCGCGGGAGGGAGCAGCCAGAGAACAAUAAAAAUCACUAUUGACUGUAAACCUGGGCUGUCAUUGACACACUGAUGUCUCUGUCACUCUCCUCAGUGGACAUGACAAAGAACCCACAGCGUCCCUCUUGUCUUUCAGGUGGAUCUUCUGGAGGGCCUCAUCUGCUCUGCAUCUCAAAACAGUUUUAAGAAAUAUACACAGAUGUAAAGUGAAACCAUUUUUCUGUCGGCAGCAUGUCCACAUGUAUUAGCAACACAGGGGCAUUUGCUAUAGCUAAUUACUGUAUAUUGUAAUUUCCUGUUGGAGGCUUCAGACUAAACCUAAUGUUCCAGAUGUUUGCAAUUCAACCUUCAAUUAUUCUGCAAAAGAAGGAUGAGUAUUCUUUAAUAAAGCAUGUGCAGGUGGAGACACCUUGUGACCACGUUUAGAAUGACAGAAGAAUCUUAUUCCUCUCCCCAGUUCGGAAACUUCAUGCUCAUACAAAAGUCCAGAAGUGCAGUCUUAUUUCUUCUCUUGAAUAAAAGACGUAAUGGAUGGAGCUGAAUUGA